GUUUCGGUGUGACAGCUGGUGUUGGGGAUCCGUGAGUCCUAUAAAUAUCGCUGUACCGAAACGUUUUGGUUUAUCAGAUUUCUGAACCAACGUUUAAAGCACCACAAUGGACACCAAGUUAUUCUUCAUCGCCGCUGUCUGCCUUAUGGCUAUUGGUGCUGAUGCGUGUAUCUGUACAAUGGACUACCGCCCUGUGUGUGGCGUCGAUGGAAUAACGUACGACAACUUAUGCGAACUGAAUUGCGAGUCGGUACAGAAGAAGCAUGAUGGUGCCUGCCCCAAGACUGACUGCCCAUGUCCCAGGAACCUGGACUAUGUUUGCGGCGAUGAUGGACUCACUUACGACAACCAUUGUCUCAUGAGAUGCAACGGAGCCACUGAAGCCUAUCCGGGACAAUGCUAGAGGGCCAUUCAAUACUGGAUUUCCUUUCAAAUUUAUUAAAAUAAAUAUAUCAGCAUUGAAA